AUGGGCUACAACGAGAAAGCCGGGGCUAUUCCCCCGGUGCCUCCGAGCCUCAACGCCGACGGGUGGCACUCGGUGGAUCUGCACGCAGACGGCAGCCAGCAGCUCCAACCGCACGCCCACACCGCGCCAAGUAUCACGCCCUACCUGGGACUCCGGGCACGGAUGUCGCAGCUCUGGUUCAACCGCUGGACCGUCCUCUUGCUCCUCGUCCUCAUCCGCGUCGUCCUCCUGACGGGCACUCUCAACGACAACAUCGGCGACGCGAAGGUCAAGGCCCUGGCGGCAUGCACCAAGGUCGAGGACAUCGGCAGUGCCAUGGCGUCCAUGCCGCACUACCUCUCGGUCGGCGUCAACGCGCUGGCCUCCGACGGCAUCACCAAAGCCGUCUCGGGCAUGACGCAGGUCCUCAUGAUGAUCCUGACAGGCGUCGAGAACCUCAUCUUCUUCGUCAUCAACAUGUACAUCGGCACCUACGCGUGCCUGAUCGCCGCCCUGAUCCACGGCGGCCUGGACGUCUCGGUCAAGGUCGUCGAUGGCGCUACCAAGAUCAUGAACGACGCUAUCGACACCAUCACAGGCGAGAUUUCCGACACCAUCAGCCACGUCCAGGACGCGCUUAACGCGCUCCCUGACAAGUUCUCGAACAUGCUCGGCGGCGUCCUGGGCGGUAUCGACAUCCCCAAGAUCGACAUCAGCAAGAACCUGGACGACCUCAAGAACAUCAAGGUCAACUCGAGCGACCUAGUCAAGGACCUUAUCUCGCUGAACACGACCAUCCCGACCUUCGACCAGGCCGAGAACCUCACUAAGAGCGUUAUCGGCAUCCCAUUCGACUUCGUCAAGCAGCAGCUGAAUGCGAGCUUUGGGUCCUACCGCUUUGACCAGUCCGUCUUUCCCGUGGCCAAGAAGCAGGCGCUGUCGUUCUGCUCUAGCAACUCGUUUCUCAACGACUUCUUCACCACUCUCUUCCGCAUCGUCGCCGCUGCUAAGAUUGCCUUCUGUGUUGUCAUCCCCGUUCUAGCAGUCCUUGCCAUGUGGCUCGCGUGGGUCCUGGAGCGCCGGCGCUGGGGCAAGGACAGAGAGCGAGCUGAGCUUCUCAAGAAAAGUCUCGAUGAGAGGGAUAUGGUUUACAUUGCAUCGAGGCCGCUGACAGCCAGGGUGGGCCUCUGGCUCUCGGAAAAAUUCAGCAAGCAGAAGAACCAGAUCCUAGUCCGGUGGACAGUCGCCUACGGAACGUCGCUCCCCGCGCUGUUCGUCCUCUCCCUUGCCGUGGCCGGCUUGUUCUCGUGUCUUUGCCAGUCCAUCAUCCUAUCGUUGAUCCAGAAGCAGGCGCCGGAACUAGCUUCCGAGGUCGGCGACUUUGCCGGCGACGUCGUCCAGACGCUGCAGAAGGUCUCGACUGAGUGGGCCGACGAUGCGAAUGGCGUCAUCCUCAAGCUGCAGGGCGACAUCAACGACGACGUGCUCGGCUGGGUCACCAACGCGACGACGGCCGUCAACAACACGCUCAACACGUUCGACGAGGAGAUCGACAAGGCCAUCACAACCAUCUUCAACAAUACGAUCCUGCUCAACACGGCCCGCAACCUGGUCGGCUGCCUGAUCACGCGCAAGAUCGAGACGGUCGAGAAGGGCCUCACCUGGGUGCACGACAACGCGCACGUCACCCUGCCGCUCUUCUCCAACGACAUCUUCUCCAAGGGCGCCAACGAUAGUGUCAAUGGCGACUCCAGCCUAACCAGCUUCCUCUCCACCCCGUCCACCGUCACGACCGACGAGAUCACGGCCGCCGUCGACCAGGUCAUCACCCGGCUGCACAACGGCAUCGUGCAGGAGGCGCUCAUCUCGACGGCGCUCCUGCUAGUGUACGUCAUCGUCGUCCUCCUCGGCGUGCUCCGCGCCCUGGUGGCGGCCGGGCAGCGCGAGAAGACGCGGGCCGAGGGCGGCGAGCGGUACGGCAUCAGGGAGCCGUCGCCGCCAUCGCCAUCGCCAUCGCCGCCGCCGCCGCCAGGCAGCAGCGGCAGCGGGGCCAGCAGCGUCAGCAGCAGGAGCGACGCCAGCUUCGAGAAGCCAGCGUACCGCGACGUCGUCUACGCGGGCAGCGUCAAGCGCGGGAAGGUGGGCCUGCCCACGUGGCCGUCGCACGCCAGGAAAAGCAGCCACCCGGACGUGGAGGACUACUUCGCGUCGGACCGCUAG